AGAUUCCGCACUGGACUCCUCGAUGCACACUCUUCCUACAAAGCGCAACCUGGACGCCUCCAUUUUCAAUCUCUGCUUCCAUUUUGUCUCUACUGAUUUGAUUUCCCUCUUGUUUUUGUUCAUAAUCCAUAAUCGUAAUCGUAAUCAUAAUCAUAAUCUCAAUCCCUGUCUCCAUCCCCUUUUCUUAGUUUGUAAUCAACUCCAACCGCAUUUCGUUUCACUGUUUCUCCGCCUCAGUUUCAUCGCUUGGUCGUUGUAGAAAGAUUAAACUUUUUUGAGCUUUCGACGUUACUUGGGAUCAUUUGCUAUUUUCAGAAUGGCUGCUGCAGUAUUUCACCGAUCUCUUGGGACUUUUCUUACCCACGGACAAGCUAAUAGUUCAAGUAAUUUGUCGAAAUCGAAUUCGAAGUGUUUCAAGGUCGAAGUCGUGGUCUUCAGAAAGAUGUCUCCUAGAUCUGGCAAUAUGAAUGUAACAGCAAUUCAAGCGUCUUCUUCUCAAACUUCAAUUUCUGAUCCCAUUUCAUCACCUUCAAUCAACACCACUGAAGAUUCACAGAAAAAACAAAAGGAAGCAGCGUUGAUCUUGAUUCGGCAUGGAGAAUCAUUGUGGAACGAAAAGAACUUGUUUACUGGCUGUGUUGAUGUGCCACUGACCAAGAAAGGUGUGGAAGAGGCAAUUGAAGCUGGCAAGAGAAUCAGCAAUAUACCCGUCGACAUGAUCUAUACAUCUUCGCUCAUUCGUGCACAGAUGACUGCCAUGCUUGCUAUGACUCAGCAUCGUCGUAAAAAGGUUCCAGUUAUUAUUCAUAACGAAACUGAGCAGGCAAGGGUCUGGAGUCAAAUAUUUAGUGAAGAAACCAAAAAACAAUCCAUCCCAGUAAUAGCAUCUUGGCGAUUGAAUGAAAGAAUGUAUGGGGAACUACAGGGUCUCAAUAAGCAGGAGACUGCUGAAAGGUACGGAAAAGAACAGGUCCAUAAAUGGCGCCGGAGUUACGAUAUUCCUCCUCCUAAUGGCGAGAGUUUGGAGAUGUGUGCAGAGAGAGCUGUUGCUUAUUUUAAAGAUCAAAUUGUACCCCAGCUGCAAUCUGGAAAGAAUGUAAUGAUUUCUGCACAUGGAAAUUCAUUGAGGUCCAUAAUUAUGUAUCUAGACAAACUAACUUCUCAAGAGGUUAUUAGCUUAGAGCUAUCGACUGGAAUACCCAUGCUCUACAUAUUUAAAGGAGGAAACUUCACUAGGAGGGGAAGUCCUGCAGGACCUUCUGAGGCAGGUGUUUAUGCUUAUACCAGGAGUUUGGCUCUCUACAGACAGAAGUUAGAUGAGAUGCUAAACUAAAAUAACUUAGCGAAAGUACAGGACCUUGCUUCCAAUGGCACUGCAACUAUUAACGACGUGCUUUUGUGGCAACUCGACUGCAAUGAAACAGAAGAAGUUCACAUGAAAUUGUAGUUAUUUUUCCCUCGAAAUCUAAGUAUCGAAUUCUCCUUUGUUUGUUUAUUUGGGGAUUGAAUCUUCGUACCAAACCUUGUUAAGGUCUAGACCAUCCCCAUAAUAGUCUAGGCAAGUGUUUAGUAAUAAUCCUUGAGAAGAAGAUGUUUCUCAAUGGAUGUUCUAAGGAACAUGGAUUUUGGUAUAAAAAUCUCUUUAGAAAGAUCCAUUAUACUUUAAA